CAGAAUUCCGACAGUCCGCGGAGGCAGCACCAAGAGCUGCAUUCUGAAACCUUUAGCCAGGGGCGAGCUAAGUCAGAAUGUCUGAGAAGGAGCUCGGGAAAAAGUGGGACCGCUGCCUGGCAGACGGUGUCACUAAACUGGGUACCGGCCUGGGGUUAGGAAUUGUGUUUUCUGUCCUGUUCUUCAAAAGACGGACGUGGCCCAUCACAUUAUUCUCAGGAGCUGGACUUGGCAUGGCGUACGCCAACUGUCAGAAUGACCUGAGGUCGCACUAUCUGCUGCACAGAAGCGAAAAGGAGCAGUAACUACAACCCAUCAUGUUGCUUUUUUAAUCUUAUUUUUGCAAUGAUUUGUUCAUGCUGUUGCGGUGUCACAAAGUUUGCACCACGCUACAGUGAGAUUUUUGUCUUCCAUUGGAUGACCCGUCCCCAAAAAAUGAUUGUAUGACUUAUAUCUGCCUGAUCAGAGCGACCUGUGUGUAUUUAAUAAAAUAAUAAUCAACCAUG